UGCGAGUUCCACUAUGAGUUCCACUAUGUCCCCAGGGAUAGGUAGCCAGGCAUCGGCUUCACCCCCUCAUCGGAGAACUACUGGUCCUAUAAGGCGAGCAAGGGGUGCUUGGACAGCAGAGGAGGAUGAGACAUUAAGGAAUGCUGUUGCAGCCUUUAAGGGAAAGAGUUGGAAAAAAAUAGCUGAGUUUUUCCCUGAUAGAACAGAUGUUCAAUGUCUGCACAGAUGGCAAAAAGUUCUUAGUCCAGAACUUGUUAAAGCACCUUGGACUAGGGAGUGA